AAAAUGUAAUUUUUCUUAUUUUAUUUUUAAGUGAAUAAAAUUAGUAAAUUCAAGGUUAAGCUUUUGACAAGUGAGAAAGUAGACCCCAACGUUUCUGCCGUUGGUUGAAUUUUUUUAACAUGGCUACAAGCUACAGCUACAAAAAUCACAGCAUCUCAGAAGGACAUUUUUGCUAGCUAGCAUAACCCACCCUCCCUCCUCCCUCCUCCCUCCCUCCCUCCAUCUUUUCUACCAGAGGCUCCUCAUCCAAGCAUCAUAUUUUCCUCCUCGUCUUUUCCCUGAGUCAUCGUGCUACACCGGCGGGCUCCUGCUCGCCUUUCAGCGGCUCUCUGGAUCUUGUCUCGUCCCCUCCUGAUGAAAAUAUUCGACGACGUUUUUCAAAAUGACUGAAGUGGCUCCAAGCUGCACCGAGAUGACAGCGCUGGCCCCCCCCCCUGCACCGCUGAUCACCAGCAGGAAUGCAUCUCCUGCUCGAUCUCCAUCCGGUCACAACAGCCCUCCAGAGAAGUUGGAGUGGCUGCAGGAUAAGGAGCGCCGGGCGCAGCAGCAGCUGGUCCGCUGCGCCGAGGAGCGGGGGAGGAAGAUGGAGGUGCAGAGGAGGAAGGAGCAGCAGCGCCGGGCGGCGGCGGAGGAGAAGAGACGGCAGCAGCAGGAAGCAGAGAAGGAGAGGCUGGAGGCCCUGGUCCGCCGGAGAGCCGGAGGCGCCGAGAGACGGGGAGGAGGAGGAGGAGGAGGAGGAGGAGGGGGGGAGGCUCGGGACCACCUGGAUAACAGGCCGAAACGUUGGACAUGGGGAGGACCGCCUGAUGGAGUGGAGGGUAACCCUAAGACCCCGCCCUGCCAUGCCAUUGGCUCCGCUCAGCCCAAUGGGCUUCCUGCUGCUUCCAGCGCCAGCCAAUCCCGUAACGUCAGUGACUUCCUGUCUCCACCUGGGAUGGAUCAGCCAAUCAACAAACAGCUUUCCACCUCUUCAGCCGCCCUCCAUUCACCAGAGAGAGUGUCCUUUGUGUCCCAUCGAACAGCUUCCCCCAACAACCACAGACCAUACAGAAGUUCCUCCAACCGCAGGAGCAUCGCUGGAUUUCCUGAAGAGGCAUCCAAAGCCAAAACACCCACGGGGGAGACUCCAAACACACCAGCCCGCAGUUCUUCCUUCAGGGCCCACAGCAAGGGUCCUGCCACGCCAAAACGGGUGAGGUCCAACAGGAGUCGCGCCCAGUCGCCCUGUUCCCCCGGCCAGUACCCCCCCUCCCCACUCCGGCAGAGGGCCACCACCCCCGGCACCGAUGACAGGGGUCACACUGAGUUCAAAGGUCAGGGCACCCUUGAGAAGAAAUCAACCAAAUCUGAGACCUCGGAGAGAAAGAUCCCCAAAUCCACCAGCAAAGAACUGAAUGCAGAGUCUCCGGGGACGCCCACAGGCCGGAGCGUUGGCGGGACGAAGGACGCUGAGGAGGCGUCCCGCCUGCUGGCGGAGAGACGCCGUCUGGCCCGACUACAGAAGGAGCAGGAGGAGAGACAACGGCAGGAGGAGGAGAGGCUGAGGGCGGAGGAGGAGCUGCGGAGGCAGCAGGAGGAGAAGGAGCGGCAGGAGAGAGCUGCACUGGAGGCCGAGGAGGAGAGGGUGAGGCGGGAGGAGGAGAGGAGGAACAGGGAGGAUGAGGAGAGACGGCAGAAGGAGCAGAGAUGGAAGGACAUGCAGGAUCAGCUGGACCGAGAGAGGGAGGAGGCCUUCCUGCGAGCCCAGAAAGAGGCAGAGAGGAAGAGGCAGGAGAGAGAGCUGCUGCACAUCCAGGAGGAGCAGGAGAGACAGCAGAGGAAGAAGAGAAUUGAGGAGAUCAUGAAGAGAACUCGGAGGAGUGAGGUUGAGCCUCUGUCUGGUGCUGCAGCGUCCGACGUGAGGCCCGAGGCUGCGGUCCCCUCAGAGGAGGACGCCCCGACUCCAGCCGAGGCCCCCGUCAUGCUGGGACCCCUGGAGAACAAGAGCUUCGUGGACGAGCUGUCUGACGGAGUCCAGUCCAUGGACGUCAGUUCUCCAUCUGUCUCCACCAGUCCUGUGUCCAGGGACGAGCAGCCGAGCGCUCACGAGUUUUCGCCGCUCACGGAGGGGACGGACGGCUGCCCCCUGGAGCACCUGAUGGAGCUGGACGCCCACGCCCGUGGACAGAGACAGGGCGGGGACAUGCCCUCCUACCCCAAACUGCAGGCCGGCAGCGGGGUCGGAGACCUGAACAAGAACCUGCUGAUCCAAGCGUACAGCGCCGCCUCCGAGACCUCCCAGCUCAUCCACAGCGUCGGGCCGAGCAAACUGGACGUCCAGUAGUCAGGGCUUUUUCAGGAGCAAGUUCUGUAGAAACGGGAGGGAAACGACCACGAAGCCGCAACAACACUCAUUUCCACAAAGGAACAACUGCUGAACUAAUUUCACAUCUGUAUUAGCAAACAUUGCAUAACGGUGUAGCUUCUGGCCACAUUUUGAGGAAGUGCAAAUGGGCAAUUCUAACUCUCACAAACACAACACAGUUCGACAAAAUCAUGCGGAUCAUGUGACGUAUAUAUUUAAGACAUGGUAAAGUGACAGAAAAGGGAGUAGGAGGAGCAGCAUUGUUGCAUGUUUGUCAUAUAAUAAACCUUUAGGAAAGUAUGCCCAAGGCCCAAAUCUGCACACAUUAAGUUACCUUUUCAUUUACAGAUUACAUUGAUUUUGCAUUUAAGGUAUCUCACAAAAUUCCCCGUCAUCGGACUUAACCUUUUUAAUGACCGACUCUCUGAAAUCAGACCUAAUCUGGUGCACGCCUGUGCCUGUUGGAGCCAGUAUUGCCCAGCUGCACUACCACAAACUAUCACUCAAGCAUCUCCCGCUUUAGUCUCUCAUCCUUGCUUUUGUAAAACUCUGUAAAUAGAUCUGACCGGGCGGGGGAGUCAGGGAGCGGGUCUGUAGCAGUUUAUCUGGAGGGGAAGGCCGUAAAAACACACACGCUGUCGUGUGAAUCCUGUGUAGCAUCUUCAGUAAGGACUAGCUAGUUGAGCUGUUAAUGGUUGUAGCCGUGUACUUGAACAGUGUGUGGCAGUUUCUCUCUUUCUGUCAGUGUUUUCCGAUGGUUCCCGUGUGUUUAUCUCACCUCUGACCUGCUCUGCCGCUGACAGCGACACCUACUUCUAUAAAGAACCCAGUCUGCUGUAGAUUCCCUGCCGCUGGAGACCAUCACCGACUGAUGUUAUAACCCCGCUGAUUACACGUAACACUUAGCCUGUCGCUUUGGUUUGUCUGCUGCUCGUCACUUGAUCGAUGGACGUUUUGCGGAGGUGCAACAAUCCACAGCAAGGACAUUAAAAAAACCUGAGCGGGUGGUUAAAAAACAUGUCAAUGUCCUGCAUUUUUAUCUGCAGGACGGGAUAGUAUUGACACACUGUGUUGUGUAUUUGUCUGGCACUGACUGUAACCAUGCUAGCUGCAGUUUAUAGUGUGCACUUACAGUAGUUGUGUGUUUCACUGCUCUGAAGACGCUUCUAUCUCCACCUCAACUCACCCCCCCCACCACCAACUCAAAUAUACCUCACCAAUUCAGAACCGAGUCUGGUGUUAAACAGCUCAUCACCUCUGAGGCCUUAAACCUCUGUGCAGUCAAAACAAAACCAUCUUCUGUGCUUUUCCUGUGGUUCAUCCAGCAUGAUGUGCACUUUUGCUGUUUUAAAGGCUCUUUUCCACUAAAAGAUCUUGGAAGAAUAGUAAUAAGAACUACAAAUAUUCUUUUGAGCAAGUCUGUGUUGAUUGCCACACCUAAUCAGAAGGACAUGAGGGGAUACAAUUGCAAAUAUGUGAGGACAAAGCAUGCAACUUCCCAAGGAACACAGACUCUCAAGGGCCACAAAAACCGCAGGUUUGCCGUGUGGAGGAUCAGGGUCUCAGCCAGGAUUGUAUAAAUACUGGGGUAAUAAGUCCAAACUCCCCCAGCAGAACCCCACACACCUUUAACGAAAUUGGCCAGUCACUAACCAAACUCUUUCCAAUUUUCUGUAUAUUUAGGAAAAUCAUUUUCUAUUUAUUCAACUGUUCAAUUAUAUGUAUUCUAAAUUGUAUAUCCAUCCUGUAUGGCCUGUUCCAGUUAUAUCAUUCUGGUGGAGUAAACUAAAUUAUUUAACCAAACUAUGUACAUUAUUUUGAGUAUUUAAGGAAAAUCACACUCUAUUUUAGCCAUUCAAAUAUGCAGUUAGAUAUGUUUUGGUGCCUGAUAUGUCAUCCUGGGGAAAAACACUAAUUGUAAUGCUUUGUUUUUUGGGCUAAAACCUUAAAAACAAAUAACAUUCUCUACAUUUAACGGUUCAGUUAUAUUAUGGUUUGAUGACAGGUAUGUAAUUCUGGGGAAGAAUACUACAUUUAGUUUUUUAAUUCAAUAAAUGCAAUUGUAUUGCCUCAAAACACUGUUGAAUCAGCCUUAAAAAAAACAAAGAAAAGAAACGCCUCUUCAUGCCGUUAGAAACCUUCCAAAUUCCCAGAAAUAACUGAGGUCAGUCUGCAAUUUAACACCUUUUUGUUGCGUGCAAUUGAUGCAUAUUUCUACAUAAAUCAGUGUAACUUGUUUCCUUGAAGGUGGCAGGUGAGCUGGUGGUAGUGAUGCAGGUGCAGAGUCGUAACGGGCCCACCCGCUUGUUUCUGCAAGUAGGAUGAAAGUAGGAUGUCAGUAGGAUGAAGUAGUAGGACUUUCUGGGUGGGAAUUGUUGAAAAGGAAUCGAAUUUUGGUCCGGGUGCAAAGCAAGUUCUUUAAUAACCUGCAGUACAUGUUGGGGAAAGGUGGCUCCACUGCUCCUUCAAGGUGUCACAUUGAGAGGGGAAAAGUAAUCGAGUGUUAGUCUCAAUCACUGCUGCAACCUUCAGCAAUUUGUUUUUAUGUCUUUAUUCUUGCUUUCUCUCUCCAUAUGAGCUCAUUAUUCCUCCAGAUUCUGCUGAAGCUCAUCGUAAGAGGGUCUCCGGGGUUCCCUUGUAUAUGAAGUAAAAAAAAAUAAAGGACAUAAUGUUUAUCCUACUAUUACUGUGACACUGCGGCUUGGUGGAAUAUAUCAUUGUAGAUGUGGUGCAUGGAUAACUGCUGAAAAAGAACAAUAAACUUCAUCGAGUCAUUUGUGUCAGUGAGCUGGAUAAAUUAAACAAAUGUUUUGGGUUGAGGAUGUGAAACGAAGGGAAAUGUUAGAGAGAGAUUCAAAACUGUAUAAGAUGUUUAAUCUUUGACAUUCAUAACAAGUGACUUAUGAAAUGACAACUGUAGUGUAGGGCUCAUGCAGCCACUUUUAUUAUUUAUCAUUUUAUCUCACUGUGUGUUAAAUUUACGCUGCACCGAAAUUAAAACUGAUCUGC